AUGGUGACCGACGAGAAGCUGCAGGGAGGAAGUGCUUCCAGUGGGAUUCAGGGCAAAAUGCCCUUUUUAGGAGGGCCCCUCACAAACACCUGCAGACCUUCUCUGGACGUCUGCUUCCUCAACGUCUCACAUGGUGUUUAUUCACAGAGCUUAUCUCCAUCUCCACAGAUCGUGUCCAACGUGCUGAUCUUCUCCUGCACCAACAUCGUGGGGGUGUGCACCCACUACCCCGCCGAGGGCUCCCAGAGGGAGGCCUUCCAGGAGACCAGGGAGUGCAUCCAGGCCCGCCUGCACUCCCAGAGGGAGAACCAGCAGCAGGAGCGUCUUCUGCUCUCAGUGCUUCCCCGCCACGUUGCCAUGGAGAUGAAGGCCGACAUUAACGCCAAGCAGGAGGACAUGAUGUUUCACAAGAUCUACAUCCAGAAGCACGACAACGUCAGCAUCUUAUUUGCAGACAUCAAGGGUUUCACCAGCCUGGCGUCUCAGUGCACGGCUCAGGAGCUCGUGAUGACUCUCAACGAACUCUUCGCCCGCUUCGACAAGCUGGCAGCUGAGAACCACUGCCUGCGCAUCAAGAUCCUGGGCGACUGCUACUACUGCGUCUCGGGGCUGCCGGAGGCGCGGGCCGACCACGCCCACUGCUGCGUGGAGAUGGGCAUGGACAUGAUAGAGGCCAUCUCGCUGGUCCGUGAGGUCACCGGGGUCAACGUGAACAUGCGGGUGGGCAUCCACAGCGGCCGUGUGCACUGCGGCGUGCUGGGACUCAGGAAGUGGCAGUUCGACGUCUGGUCCAACGACGUCACCCUGGCCAAUCAGAUGGAGGCGGGGGGGCAGGCCGGGCGCAUCCACAUCACCAAGGCCACCCUGGACUACCUGAACGGGGACUACGACGUGGAGGACGGGGCGGGGGGCGAGCGGAACGCCUACCUGCUGAAGCACAGCAUCGAGACCUUCCUCAUCGUGGGCUGCAGCCAGAAGCGGAAGGAGGAGAAGGCCUUGAUCGCCAAGAUGAACCGGCAGAGGACCAACUCUGUGAGCCACACCAGCGGCCACUGGACCGACCGGCCCUUCUACAACCACCUGGGGGGCCACCAGGUCUCCAAGGAGAUGAAGAGGAUGGGAUUUGAAGACCCCAAAGACAAGAACUUCAUUUUCAGAAACGCUCAGGAGAACCUGAACCCGGAGGACGAGGUGGACGAGUUCCUGGGCCGCGCCAUCGACGCACGAAGCAUCGACCGCCUGCGCUCCGAACACGUCAAGAAGUUCCUGCUCACCUUCAGGGAGCCCGACCUGGAGAAGAAGUACUCCAAACAGGUGGACUCCAGGUUCGGGGCCUACGUGGCGUGCGCCUCCCUCGUCUUUCUCUUCAUCUGCUGCAUCCAGGUCGUCAUCGUUCCAGCCUCCGGUCUGAUGGCGGGCUUCUUCGCCGGGGGCCUGGUCGUCCUGGCGGCCGUCAUGCUGGUGUCCACCGUGUACUGCUGCUUCGGGGUGUUCCCCGCGGGCCUGCAGACGCUCUCUAAGAGGAUCGUACGCUCCAGACUGAACAGCACGCUGGUGGGCGUCUUCACCAUCAUCGUCGUCUUUCUCUCCGCCUUCAUCAACAUCUUCACCUGCAGCAGCCUGGACCUGCGGAGAUGCCUCGGGGCGGAGCUUAACGUCAGCCUGGCCACCGCCUGCCACGCCCACCUCCUCAACGUCAGCCUGGACGCGCCGCUGAGCCUGUGUGGGGGCGACGCCCUCGUCUGCAGCUUACCUGAGUACUUCUCCUCCUGUGUGCUGCUCAGCCUGCUGGCCUGCUCCGUCUUCCUGCAGAUCAGCAGCAUCGGGAAGCUCUUCCUCAUGCUCUUCAUCGAGCUGCUCUACCUGCUCGUCAUGGAGGUGCCCAAAGUGAGCCUCUUCGACAACCAGGACCUGCUGGUGACGGCCAACGCCAUCGCCGCCGCUGCCAACCACACAAACGGGACGAGCUGUGACGUGGACUCCAAGGUUCCUCUGAAGAUCAUGACCCCGGUGGUCAUCACCGUCUUCGUCCUCGCCCUCUACCUUCACGCCCAGCAGGUGGAGUCCACGGCCAGACUGGACUUCCUCUGGAAGCUGCAGGCCACUGAGGAGAAGGAGGAGAUGGAGGAGCUGCAGGCCUACAACCGCCGCCUGCUCCACAACAUCCUGCCCAAGGACGUAGCCGCCCACUUCCUGCAGCGCGAGCGCCGCAACGACGAGCUCUACUACCAGUCGUGCGAGUGCGUGGCCGUCAUGUUCGCCAGCAUCAGCAACUUCUCAGAGUUCUACGUGGAGCUGGAGGCCAACAACGAGGGCGUGGAGUGUCUGCGGCUCCUCAACGAGAUCAUCGCCGACUUCGACGAGAUCAUCAGCGAGGACCAGUUCCGCCAGCUGGAGAAGAUCAAGACCAUCGGCUCCACCUACAUGGCGGCCUCCGGCCUCAACGACUCCACCUACGACCGGGCGGGGCGCUCGCACAUCCGCGCGCUGGCGGACUACGCCAUGAGGAUGAUGGACCAGAUGAAGUACAUCAACGAGCACUCCUUCAACAACUUCAAGAUGAAGAUCGGCCUGAACAUCGGGCCUGUGGUUGCCGGGGUGAUCGGCGCCAGGAAGCCUCAGUACGACAUCUGGGGGAACACGGUGAACGUGGCGAGCCGCAUGGACUCCACCGGCGUGCCGGAGCGGAUCCAGGUGACUGCAGACAUGUACCAGGUGCUCAGCUCCUACAACUACACGCUGGAGUACAGGGGGCUGGUCACCGUGAAGGGCAAAGGGGAGAUGAUGACCUACUUCCUCACUGGUGGACCCCCGAGCAGUUAACCUCCACCCAGUGAGAUGUGGACUCACCUUUGGGGGGGCGGGGGGGGCUCUGACAGGCUGACGGACCUCUGAUGGUUUAAGCUGGACUGAGACAGACUUCUCACAUGUUACCUUCUUAAACUGAGGCCACAUGGCGGACGGGUCAGGAGACUCCUCCCCAGGGCGGGUGGGCGGGGCCGGAAUCUGAGACCAAAGAUGUCCAAUUGGUGGAGACAUUUGUUGCCAGCUGAAGGAGACUUUUAUGUUUGGCCUCCUGGACAACAUGAGUGCGUGUAUUUGUAUUUUUAUGUACCGUGUACUAUGUACUAUGUACUAUGUCUGAACUCCCCUCCAGGUUGUCGCAGUAACGGUACGAAUCGGUGGAGGUCACGACCCCCCAGAGGCAUGGUCAACGAACGGACAGACAAACACACAAGAGGACGUCAAAGAGGAGCCUUUUCUAAUCUUGACCUUUUUGUAUUUUGACCUUUCGAACACCAGACCCCCCCCAGAUAUUUUCAGAUUCUAUAUUUUGUACAUUAAUAUAUUUAGAGAUGUAAACCGGCACGUUCCACAUUGGCCGCUGUAACGCACAGCAGCAGACGCCCCCCCCUCAUCAGAUGGUACGACCCAAUGAAUGUCCAACGAUCUCCGAGAGGCCUUUCAAUGUGAUGAUGAUGAUGACGAAGAGGCUCAUCCUGCUGUGUUGUUUGGUGACGUCACGGCGUUACUCAACAUGACGUUGGUACCAACACGACAGCUGGUUCUGUUGGUCUGGGUCACGUGGACCACGAGAGACGGCAAAUAGGAGAAAGUUUAAAGGAUGAAGAGGAGCGACAUCAAACUAAGUCAGUUUGGACUUUUCUCUCGAGGCGAAGCUGCUCAACAGCUUUAAUUUGUGUUUAAUGCACAUUAGAGAUUUACGUUGAAUCAAAUUUAAAUUAACCAAGAAAAUAAUUACAUAUGGAAAUAAAAAUAUAAUUACUAUUUUAAUAGAUUUAUCUGUGAUUAAAUCUCAGAGCUGCUACCGGAGCUCCGAUUGGCCGGCUCAAAGUCUUCAAUCAGAGCUCUGCUGCUCUUCAACUUCUGAAUGAAUGAAUCCACAAAGUUUUAUCUAAGAGCUUUUUAAAAAUGCUUCAUUUUAGAAUGUUUGAGUCACGUUCAAAUCAUUUUAUAAUACUUUGAAUGCAAGUAAUAGUUUUUAAAAUGAUAGGUCCAAUUAUAUGUUCCCGGGAUGAAUACAAAGACGACCUGCUCGGACUAAAACGAGCUUUUCUCCCAAUGCGUCAGAACCACCAGGGGUCAGAGGUCAGGAGUCCAUUUGUCAUCUCAAAACACUUUGCUCUUUUUUUCUUCUCAAAUAAACUGCAGAAGUGUUUCA